AUAAAUUCAAAAAUUCCCCAAAAUCAUUUUUUCUGUCGAUUGUUAUUCUUUUUUCAACAGACUUCAAACUAAUGCGCCCGAAAGGCUCGAAAAAUUGUCUUUAAAAUUUGCAAAUACAGUGUGAAACUAUCACUUUCCGUAUAAAAAUAUUUGGAAGAAAGAAAAAACUAAAUUUGAAUGCGCGCGCAGAAGGUGUUCAACAGAGCGCGUUUGCUUUUCGAGCCUUUCGGGAGUAUUAAUUUGAAGUAUGUUCAGCCAACGAAGGAACGGAUGCAAUUCUGGUGAUUGGAGACAAGAAGCUUCAUGUUUCCAAAGCGUUCCUCUCCUUCCACUCAAACUUCUUCCGUAAACUUUUCUCAUCAAAUUUCAAAGAAUCUGAAAUGACUGAGAUUCCAAUCAAGGAUGUUACGUACGAGGACUUUUGCCUGAUGCUGGGCACAAUCUACCCGAGAACAAUUUUUCCAAAUGAUGAAACUUCCGAGAAACUUCUCGAAAUGGCUGAUCGUUUCCUGAUUCCAGCUGUAACUAAUAUUGUGGAACAGCAACUUCUCUACAACAGCCAAAUGCAAAAUGAAAAACUGAUUCGCUUGGCAGAUCAAUAUCAAAUGAAAAUGCUUCUCAAUAAAUCGACUUGGAAGGUGGAUUCACUCGAAAAAGUGAAGGAGUUAAUCAAAACCUUGGAGUACGAGAAGCUUUAACUUCGCUGGAUUCUAAUUUUUUCUUCUAUUUUUGUCGUUGUUGUUGUCCUUUACUGUUGACUUUUCGAAUAAAAUCACGAUGUUUUGUUAUAAACUGAAACAGACG